GCCAUUGGCAGCUCUAUGUGAGUAGCAUGGGAAGCUCGCCUAACGUAAGGACCUCAAAAAGUAGCAUGAACGCCUAAUGACGGUAAGUCUCUCAAACAUAGCAGCCUGAACGUCGCUUAGGCAAACCAACCACGCUGACUGGUGACUGCCCACGAUUCUAGCAACGUCCUUGCCAAAUUUACCUGCCAUUAAUGAGUCAAGGCUUCUCUUGCUGGUGCAAUGCUUAGCCAACCUUAAAGGCUGUCAAAUUCAGGAGUGGUCCGCCGUGAUCGAGAGCAACGAUGACGCAGGUCCUAGUUAACUUGGCCACUGCCGUGCUAUCCCAACUCUCCUUCGUAUCAAACGUAUUCUGUCAGCCAGUCCCGACAGGCUUUGCGAGUCCGGAAAUUGUUGGGAUUGUCAAGCUUGACUUCCAUCUCCAGUCUGCAACCGUUCAGUGUGGCCAAUCGUGGUGCCAGCGACGGAAGAAUUUCGAAUAUGCGUCACUCAAGAUAAAGUAUUCACGACGCUUGCAAGACCAAAGGAUUUCGCAGUCUUGACGCUUCAUUCCGGGAGCAAUUCGACCCUACCCUUCGACACGCCAAAAGCUCAGAAGAGGACGCGGAAUCUCGCAAUACCUGUGGUGCCACCGGUAUAUUUAGUCAAGAUGACGGGGGUAUCUCAGAGAACU